AUGGGUAAAUGCGUAGUGAAAGAAUGCAAUUCAAGGUCACAAAACCAUAACAAAUCAAGCGGAAUUACUUUUCACACAAUACCUCAAGAUGUAGCACGUCGUGAAAAGUGGAUUGAAAUAAUUCGAUUGCUAAGAAAAGAGACAGAUUGGCUACCUACUAAAUCUACAAUCAUUUGUUCGAAGCACUUCCGGGAGCAAGACAAAUUAGUACCAAAAAGCAAUUGUGGCCGCACUUAUUUAUCUAACAAAGCAAUUCCAAUGCUUUUUGACGACUCUCAUCCUGAAGAGCCGGUAGAGCUUUUAGUUGAAGAACAUAAUACGGACGUAGAUAUUGUAGAUACCGAUGAAGAGAUCAAUGAAAUAAUUGAAACCCAACGAGAGCACAAAAUGAGAAAAAUAAUUCACCGACAAGUAUUAUCAGCCCCACCUUCUAAUAUCAUUAGUCAAUCCAAUCCUGUCCUUCAUAUACCAGGGAACCAAGAUGCAAACACAUCUGAUCAUAAGAAUGAUAUAGUUCGGACAACUUUUGACUCAAGUUAA